AUGGCGGUGCAGUAUGUGCUCUUCGACAUGGAUGGCCUCCUCCUGGACACGGAGCGCGUGUACACGGAGGUGACGAGCGAGAUCUUGAGCCGCUUUGGAAAGCAGUUUACGUGGGACGUCAAGGCGCGGAUGAUGGGCCAGAAGGAGUACGACGCCGCCAAGAUCCUCAUUGCCAGCUACGGCAUCGACUUGACGCCCGAGGCGUACUUGGCCGAACGCAACGCGUUGCACGCGGCCAAGUUUCCGUUCUGCAAGCCGCUGCCGGGCGUACUGAAGCUGCUAAAGCACCUGAAAGCCCAUGGCAUCCCGAUCUGCGUCGCCACGUCCUCGCACCGCAGCGCGUUCGAGCUCAAGUCGAGCCGCAACCAAGAGCUCUUUGCACUCUUCGACGGGCACAUCAUCUGCGGCGACGAUCCGCAGGUGAAGCAUGGCAAGCCGGCGCCCGACCUCUUCCUGCAUGCGGCGACAGCGCUCGGGUGCACGCUCGACGCCGACAAGAACGCGACCUGCCUCGUGUUUGAAGACGCGCCGUCGGGUGUCCAAGCCGGCCUCAACGCCAAGAUGCAGGUCGUGUGGAUCCCGGAUGCCAACUUGGAACGCGACCCGGCCCUCGUCGCGCAGUGCGCGAUCGUCCUCGACAGCAUGGAGGCGUUUGACCCGGCCGCCUUUGGCUUGCCCGCAUACUAGCGCAUCACGCUUAGAUCUUAGUCGCGACGUAUCCUGCGAUACCAGUUCUGAAUGCAUAAUGGAAACAACGCCAGUCAAGCACCGUACCAG